CCGGCCGCGGCGGACACUUCCCGCGGAGGGACUGUCCCGUGGCGGCCGGCGGGCCGAGGAGGACGCGGGGGGCCGGACCGGCGGCGAUGGACGACCACAGCCUGGACGAGUUCCGCCGGCGCUGGCAGGAGGAGCUGGCGCAGGCCCAGGCUCUCAGAAAGCGGCGGCGCGAAGCUGCCGAGAGGCGGCCGCGGCGGGCCGAAGUGGCCCCGGGGCGCGGCGAGCAGGCCUCGGGGUACCUGGCGCUGGCACAGGGCCUCUUGGAGGGUGCGGGGCGGCCCCCGGCGGCGCGGGCGACCCGGGCCGAGAGGCAGGACGCGGCGAGCCGUUCCCGCUCCCCUCCGGCUCGCGAGGGCGCUGGGGGCGGGGAGCAGCUGGUGGACCAGCUCAUCCGAGACCUGAAUGAAAUGGAUGAUGUGCCCUUCUUUGAUAUCCAACUGCCUUAUGAACUGGCAAUCAAUAUAUUUCAGUAUCUGGACAGGAAAGAACUAGGAAGGUGCGCACAGGUGAGCAAGACGUGGAAGGUGAUUGCAGAAGACGAAGUGCUCUGGUACAGGCUGUGCCAGCAGGAAGGGCACCUUCCCGAGAGCAGCAUCUCUGAUUAUUCUUGCUGGAAGCUCAUCUUCCAAGAGUGCCGAGCCAAGGAACACAUGUUAAGAACCAACUGGAAGAAUCGCAAAGGCGCCGUGAGUGAACUAGAACACAUUCCUGAUGCAGUUUUGUGCGAUGUGCAUUCCCAUGACGGCGUUGUCAUUGCCGGAUAUACAUCAGGGGACGUGAGGGUGUGGGACACCCGCACCUGGGACUACACAGCCCCUUUCCUGGAAUCAGAGUAUGAGGAGGACGAGCCUGGAAUGCAGCCAUAUGUCUCCUUUGUGAGGAUAAACAGCUCGCUGGCGGUGGCGGCUUAUGAGGAUGGAUUUCUUAAUAUUUGGGAUCUAAGGACUGGAAAGUAUCCUGUCCACCGUUUUGAGCAUGACGCAAGAAUACAGGCACUAGCCCUCAGCCAGGAAGACGCAACUGUGGCCACAGCUUCUGCUUUUGACGUUGUGAUGUUGCACCCCAAUGAGGAGGGGUAUUGGCAAAUCACUGCCGAAUUUGAAGUUCAGAAACUGGUUGACUACCUUGAAAUAGUUCCAGAUACUGGAAGGUACCCUGUGGCAGUGGCCACAGCUGGAGAUCUGGUAUACCUGCUAAAAGCUGAAGACUCUGCCAGAACCCUCCAUUAUGUCUACGGCCAGCCGGUCACGUGUCUGGAUGUCUCAGCCAGCCAGGCUGCUUUCGGUGUGAAGAGCCUAGGAUGGGUAUACGAAGGAAACAAGAUCCUGGUGUACAGCCUGGAAGCAGAACGCUGCCUCUCGAAGCUGGGCAACGCACUUGGUGAUUUCACUUGCGUCAACCUCAGGGACAGCCCUCCCAACCUCAUGGUCAGUGGCAACAUGGACAGGAGGGUGCGGAUCCACGACCUCCGCACUGACAAAAUCGCCCUGUCGCUCUCUGCUCACCAACUGGGAGUCUCUGCAGUGCAGAUGGAUGACUGGAAAAUCGUCAGCGGAGGCGAGGAAGGCCUGGUCUCUGUGUGGGAUUAUCGGAUGAGCCAGAAGCUGUGGGAAGUGCACUCCAGGCACCCCGUUCGUCACCUGUCCUUCAACAGCCACAGCCUCAUCACGGCCAACGUGCCCUAUGAGAGGGUGGUGCGCAACACAGACCUGGACAACUUCGCCACUCACAGGAGACACCGUGGGCUGAUCCACGCCUAUGAGUUUGCCGUGGACCGGCUGGCUUUCCAGAGCGCGCUUCCUAUCUGCCGAGCGUCCGGUGACAGUGUGCCAGGCUACAACUACGAUCUCGCACUUGCCUUUCCCUAGGACCGUGGUUAGAGGCGCGCCUCGUGGGGGAGCAGGGGGAAAAGGGGAAAAACCCAAGCCGAUGAAUUGUAAAACUCCCGAGGAGCUCGCCCCAGGUUUUAAAGGUCUGGGGGAAGGAAGCCAGCCUGGGGUGCACCUGUCUGACCCCCCGGGUUCUGCAACUGCUUUUGCUUUCCUCCAUUGCCAGUUCGCUCCUCUGGAGCUUUCUCUCCCUGCACACUGUUCCUCUGCUCCAAGUACCACACACUGGCGACACACUACCCCUCCUUCCUCCUGCACCUGCUCUCUCCUGCCUGCAGUGUGGGUCUCCCCUGCCGUCUUGUACACUACCGUGCAGGGCCCGCUGGCCAUCUUUCCAGUCUUCAGGCCCUUUCCUCUCAGGGGAGCUGUGGUCUCUGAGCUCACAAGGCCCUCACAUCCCCUGGAUCUGAGAUCCCGUAUUCACUCUGGUGGCCAUUCAUACCACCGCCCAGUAUAAACCCAGGUGAGCAGUAACUGUCUUCUCAUAGUUUUUACCACGAUUUAUAAUUAUAUAUUUAUACACUUACCGCAUUAAAGACUUACUGGUGUGUCCACGACGCGUGAUACGAAGUAGAUUAUUUUCUGCCUAUUCGUUGCACCUAGGACGGAAGAGCUGGGGGAGAAGCGGUUCUCCUGAACCACUGGGCUAAAGCAGGGCAGCCCCGGGGGAGCUCUUCUGCAUGCCAGCCAGCUCCCAUUUCCAAGGGAUUAAGAGGGGGAACCCCUGCAUUACUCCUGAUGUAGGCUGUUCUGAGCAGCAGCCACUAAUACCCUUGAAAAUAGUAGCGCAGAACUACAAAGUCCACGCUCAUAGUGGGCGAUCAACAGAUAUAACCGGUAAAAUAAAAUAUGGAAGGAUUCAGAGGAUUUACUUAAUAGAAGUUACAAGCAUGAUCCAACAGUUUUGUGCCCUUUUAAAUAUCCAUAGACCAGGCACAGAAAAUGGCUGUCUGAAGACCACUGAGACAAGGCAAUCUCAGAUUGCACAAAGAUAGAUCCAGGCCCAAGUCACUGACCCCCUAAUGCAAUAAAAUUAGAUAACAAAGAAAAAUGGAAAAUGUGAACCCUCUGGGCCAUGAAAACAA